AUGAAUGUUGUACAGGGCCUUCUAUCGGCCGUGUCACCGCUUUCCGACGGUGAUUUUGCCGAUCGUCUUAACUAUUGUAUUACCACUGUCGGUCUUGUUCUAACAUCAGCAUUCAUCUCAGGAUGGAGGNAAGGAUGGUGGAUGGAAUAUGCGUUAGAUUAUUGUUACGUGCAAAAUACGUACUUUGUACCAAUGACCGAUGUCAAAGUACAUAACGCCUUCGAUUUUGCACAACAUGUCAUCGAAAUCCCAUCUAAUCAUACGGAACGUGAAGCAAAACAAAUCGGUUAUUACCAAUGGGUGCCGUUUAUACUUGCGGCACAGGCGAUUCUUUUCUAUCUUCCCGUUGUCAUAUGGCGUGCAAUUUAUGAAAGUUCAGGUUUCAAGGUGAAAGCCAUCUGUGACACAUGUAGUAUGCAUGCCAACAUGGAUGAAGCUACACGCCAGAAGAACAUGAAAACGAUCGCCGCAUUUCUUGUUCAGGAACAUUCCGUCGCUCUAGUAAAAGCUGGAAAAGCACGACAAAUCACCAGCGGUAGCUACAUUACGAUCGUUUAUGUGGCUGUGAAAUUCCUCUAUGCCCUCAACGCCAUCUUCCAAUUCAUUUUCCUGAAAAAUGUACUCGGUGUGAAAUCAUACACAUGGGGUCUGGACGUCUCGUUGGAUUUGUGGAAUGGUCGUGAAUGGCCUGAAACUGGCAACUUCCCAAGGAUUACCAUGUGUGAUUAUGACGUCAGAGUACUUGGAAAUCUUCAUCGGCAUACGGUUCAGUGUGUUCUGAUGAUCAACAUGUUUAAUGAGAAAAUCUUCGUUGCUCUAUGGUACUGGCUGUGCAUCAUGCUCAUCGUCAGUGUGUACAGCUUUGCCAAAUGGGCAAUCGCUACCGCAACGACUUCAGUCACCGGCAGAGCGCUCGUGAACAAUUAUAUUCAACAGAUCGAUCCAAAUGUGGCUCGCAGUCUGCACAAGCGAUCACUUCUCCAGCAAUUUGUCGUGGAGAAGCUGCGAGUGGAUGGAGUGUUCCUAAUUCGACUUGUUGCGGAGAAUUCCGGUGAAAUGGUUACGUUGGCGUUGCUGAAGACCUUAUGGGAGGAGUUCAUCAAGGAACGUGGCGAGCAUCCACCACCAUACAUCGAGCCGCUGCUUCUGAUGUUCUUUUUGGACGCAUUUCUCAAAGGCCUCAAACCUCAAUAUGAUGAUGAUGCCUGCGAUCGACUCAAUUACUACUAUACACCAAUGCUUUUCGUAAUUUUUUCGCUGACACUCAGUGCUAAACAAUAUGUCGGUCAACCUAUUCAAUGCUGGAUUCCUGCACAAUUCACAGGAGCAUGGGAACAAUACAGUGAAAAUUAUUGCUUUGUGCAGAAUACGUAUUUUGUACGACCGGACAGCUACAUACCCGACAGUCUGAUCGAUAGAGAAAAUUCUGAAAUAGGUUACUACCAAUGGGUGCCUUUUAUACUCGGUCUACAGGCAAUUCUCUUCUACUUACCAGCGCUCUUCUGGCGGCUUUUCAAUUGGCAGUCAGGAAUCGCUGUAAAAUCGCUAGUAACAAUGGCGAGAGACACAACCGACAUGCAGCCAGAACGGAAACGAGAAGCCGUAAUGAUAGUCGGAGCUCACAUCCAUGACUCUCUUCGCGUUCAAAGGAAAAUUUCUCAAUACAAGAGUUUCACACAAUGCGUACAUCGCGGUAUGUACCUCAGUUCACUGUAUCUCUUCGUCAAGGUGCUAUAUUUACUCCAAGUGCUUGCACAGUUCUUCAUUCUCAACAGUUUUCUGUCCACCGGCUACACCAUGUGGGGUUUCGGUAUUCUCAACGAUCUUAUGCACGGCCGUGAAUGGGAAGAAAGUGGACACUUCCCACGAGUGACGAUGUGCGAUUUCGAGGUGCGAGUUCUUGGCAACAAACAUCGCCACUCCGUACAAUGUGUGCUGAUGAUCAAUAUGUUCAACGAGAAGGUUUACCUAUUCAUCUGGUUCUGGCUUCUUGGUGUACUGAUUUACAAUAUCGGCAACUUUGUCUAUUGGUGUACGUUGCUGUUGUCAGAAGACAAGCGCAAGAGCUUUGUCGGUUCAUACCUGAAGCUGCUCGGACUUGUCAACGAUGAAGACCUUUCAAGUCAACGAGCCCUCAACAAAUUCGUUCAACGAUCCUUGCGGUCCGAUGGUGUGUUCAUCCUACAUCUUAUCUCGAAAAACGCCGGUGACAUCAUAACAACCGAUAUCAUCGCUACAUUGUGGGGAAAAUUCCUCGAAGACGAAGCAAAGGAGAAUGAAGGUGCUGAAGCGCCAACACUCGAAGAUGUCGAUGGUUUCAAGGAGCGACUCGAAAAACAUCCACUCAACUAG